CUCUAUUUCUCUAACCCACUUUAGCUUCAUCGACUAUCUGUCAGAUUGUGCACUCAUCAAGAAGGAUGCAAGACUCAAUUGGGAUUCCUGCUUGCUUUUCUUAUGUUGAGAAGCAAAGUGAUGAUCAUGGGGCUGUGACCCGUUCAGGUCAGAGUGUUUACAUGUCUGUCUAUAGAACAAAGGUUGCUGAUCACUGCCGCUUGAUCACCAUCACAUGGUGCAAAAACCUGUUGCUUCAUGGCCUUUCAGUGUCAGUGGAAGGCCCAGAAGGAGAGGAACAGUACACCUGCAAGGUUGAGCUGAAGCCAUGGUACUUUUGGAGAAAACAAGGUUCAAAGCGCUUCAUAGUGGAUGGUAAAGCACUUGAUGUUUUCUGGGACCUUAAAGCUGCAAAAUUUAGUGGCGAAACAGAACCAACCUCGGAGUACUAUGUUGCAGUUGUUUGUGAUGAAGAGGUUGUACUGCUUCUCGGUGAUCUUAAAAAAGAAGCAUACAGAAGGACAGGGUGCAGGCCAGCACUUAUUGAUCCCAUUUUGGUUUCGAAAAAAGAGCACAUUUUUGGGAAGAAGAAGUUCUCCACUAGAGCCAAGUUCCAUGAGAAGGGUAGGUGGCAUGAGAUUUCAAUUGAGUGCAAGAACAAGGGAAAUGGAGAUUCUUUAUGUGGGGUUCACCAGCCAGAGAUGGAGAUAAGGAUUGAUGGGCACUUGGUGAUUCAUGUCAAGCACUUGCAAUGGAAAUUUAGAGGUAACGAGUCAAUUCAUCUCAGCAAGAUGAGAGUAGAGGUAUAUUGGGAUGUUCAUGAUUGGCUCUUCAGUCCUGGUUUAAAGCAUGCUUUAUUCAUUUUUAAGCCAAUUUUGUCAUCUACUAGUACUACUACUUCUCUGUCAUCUUCAUCACCUCCAUUAUCAUCCUUAUCGCCUCCAUUAUCUACUGAUCUGACAAAGAAUUCUGGAUCAGUGGAGGGCUUUAGUGUUAGUGGGUCAUCAGAGUUUUGCUUGUUUCUCUAUGCUUGGAAGGUUGAGUGAGAGGAUCAUGUUAACUUUAAUGGUACAUCAUCAUCAAAGCCGGCAAAAUAAGGUUGAAAAUGGACUUGGUUCUCCAAGUCAUGGAACAGAAUGUAAUGGUGAGGAUGCAGAUUGAGAUUGGGUUGAGAGGGAGAUGGAUUUGGAUUGACAAAGCAAGUGGGGCCUAACAGGUACUGGGAGUUAGUUACAGCUGGGGUUGAGCAAAUGCGCAUAAUUGUGGACAAGACAGAUUGUAUCACAAUCACACACAUGCCCAAUAAUCCUCCAUCUAGAGACUUCUACAUUUACCACAUUGGAAAUGCUCUUUCUUGACCCGAUCUUGGUAAGCAAGCUGUAUGUAAAUGUUUCUUCCAUAAUCUAACAACCGAUGGUUUAUGUUAUCUAUAUUUUGUAUCACGGAAAUAUAGACACAAGAUUAGUACUAAGCUGAAUGUCUGUAUUUGCCCAUAAAAUGUUCAUGCAUGUGGCGGAAAAUAGUGUCCCGGAAAGAGAGGAUGGCUGUUUGGUGAUGAUGUAGAAACAAGAGUGCAAUAAUCCAUGUAUGUGCACCUCACGCAUAUUAAUACACAUGGUUCUCU